UUUGCGUGUAUUAAUAUUUAGUUUAAUAAUUUCAGAUACAAAUCGAAUAUACACUUUUCAGACAAAGAUUCGAUCGGCUUCGCAGAAAACCAAAAUCGUUUAUUAAGUACGCAGCCAUGUAGAACAAGCCGACAAAAGCAAUUUCAGAUGAUUCUGACGAUGAUGAUUCUGACUGGAUAUGCAAUAUGAGUGUUGGCACACAGCGGUAAUGGUUCUGUCGACGUCGACGAAGACGACGGCGAUGAUGAUGAUGAUGAUGAUGACCACGACGAUGACGACGAUGACCAUCUCGUCGUCACCGGGGUGUCCAGCGGGGUGCGCGUGCAAGUGGAAAAACGGCAAGCAGACGGUCGAGUGCGUGGACAAGAAGGUGACGAGCGUGACGUUGGCUCUAGGUAUCGACCCGGCCACGCAAGUGCUGGACAUAUCGGAUAACGAUCUGUCGGCGGCCGGGCUUCCCCACGACACGUUUGCCGCGGCCGGUCUGUCUAACUUGCAGCGCAUCCACGCGUCCCGUUGCAACGUGUACUACGUGCACGACCGAGCAUUCCGGGGCCUGACCAACCUGGUCGACCUGGACCUGUCCGGUAACUGUCUGCGGCAGGUGCCGACCGGCGCAUUCGCCGAGUGCCCGUCCCUGAUGAAGCUCAGCCUUAGCGGCAACCCGAUCGGCGACGUGCCUGCCAGGGCGUUCCGGCACCUCGGCCAGCUGACCGCGCUCGACCUGAGCGGCUGCGGGCUGACUUCCGUCGCGGAAGGCGCGUUUGACGAUCUCAGCGGCCUCGAUUGGCUCAGGCUGGACGACAACCUGUUAACUCAUGUUCCCGGACCGCACACACUGCCCGCCCGUUUGCAUGGCGUCGACCUGCACCGCAACGACUGGCAGUGCGACUGCCACAUGGUCGACAUGCACCGGUGGCUUACCGCUUCACGGGUGCCAGUCACAGAGGAUCCUGUGUGUUCGGGCCCAGCAGCUUACGCCAACGUGCCGGUGCGCCGAGUAUCGGUGGCCGAACUGGCGUGCGCGCCGGCCGCGUAUCCAGCGACGCAGCCGGUGCAGGACGUGGCCGAGGGCGUCAACGUUUCAUUCCGGUGCCUGGUGGCCGCCAUCCCAGCGGCCACGGUCGAGUGGCUGUACGGCGGCCUGCCCGUGUAUCGGCACAACGCGUCCGAGCUCAUCACCGUGGACGGAAACACGACCGCCGAGCUUUACGUGUACAACGCGAGCGUGUCCGACGCCGGUUCGUACGCUUGCGUGGCCGAGAACCGGGCGGGCAGGGCUCGAGUCAACUUUACGGUCACCAUCCGACCCGGUCGACCGUUCCUAACCGCCGGUACCGUCGAUGACCGAUCCGCGCCGUCUCAGUCGUCGUCGGCCACGUCAGGCGGGGGUGGAGGGACCAGUGCAGGCGACGGCCGACCACUCCUGUACGUCGGUUGUUUGGCUGCAGGCUCGGUGGCGCUGUCGGCCGCGGCCGCCGUACUGGUGGCCAUCCGGUGCAGGCGAGCGAAACGCUCGGGCACAGGUGGCCGGACCGGUGACUCGUCGUCCACCGCCAAGCGAAGGCCCGCCGCACCUGCGGCCGACGGCUAUCGGACCGUCAGCACGACAGCCGACAAGGAGCUCUCUGUGCCCACAGCUCACCGUCCGACGUCGGCGAGGGCGACUGGCACCUUAGUGACGGUAACGGCGGCGGAGGCUGACGAUUCCACCGUCGCGACGGCCGAGAGCAAUCCGGACGUGGUGAGCGACGUGAAACGCACCGGAUGGGAGAUCGAUUUCGAACAGAUCGUUUGGGCUGAAUGUCCGCCGGCCACCGGUUACGUUUCCAUACAGAUACCGGUGCAGUGUGGCAUCGAGUGUCUGGGUGCGUAUUACGCGACCGCGGCCGAAGCCAUGGCCGGUAACCGCUGUGGAGGAGCUGGGACCACGGUCCGGAGGCAACGCAGACGAGCGGCUGUGUUGACCGCGUACGACGACACGGUGCAGGUGGUGCGUACUACCGCGCAGGGGGGGUACCCGACGACGACCACGGGGCCUGGGACGAUUGGCAUUCCGGCCACGUUUCGAUCCACCGUAGAGCCACCGACCAUCGUCGUAGACGACCCAGACGACGGCGGAGGUGGAGGUGUUGGUGGCGUCGCGCCCAUUAUCAGUCCGCCAUUGCCUUUCCGGUCGGGUGACGAAGACUGCAGCGCCGACAAGGACGACUCCAUCGCGCUGUAAUAUUGGCGAUAAAGUUUUUAUUCAUAUAUUAUAUUGUAUUAUUAUUUGUACGCGAAAAGCCAUAAAAAGCAUUAUUACGUUCUUGGUGGCUCGACCGGAUACGAGUUUGUUUCGCGGAUUUGUUUUUUUAUUUAAGCAAUAUCAAUAAUUAUAUUAAUUAAGCAUUGUAUUAUAUUAUAAAGUAGCUUUACGGGUAAGAUCAUUUUUAAGACCGUUAUUAUUAUUAUUAUUUUUUUUUUUUUUAAGGAUAAUAAUGCAGGACAUUACGAAAGCAAAAAUAAUCAUUUAAAAAAUUGUCUGAUAGCUAUAAAGAAAACCAUAUAUAUUCUAUUCAAACCAUUUCAGGAGAAACAAUGCUACACCUUUGAUUUAAAGAAGGACUAUAAUUUUAUUUUGCUAGGAAAGCAGCAGAUUCUACGGCCAAAAUGGUGGAGUAAAACCGGUGAUGAAGAAGAAGA